GACCCAUAUUUUCGAAUUCCCCGAUGAAGCUUCGCCCACAUUGCACUUGCACUGGCUCUCUGUUCAUCUGCUGGGAAACCAUUCUGUCUGAUGUUUUCUUUGUUAUAUGUUGAUGCCCAUUUUCAUAAAUGUGAAGUUCUAUUCUCUUUCUUCACGUUUUCUCAGCAACCAAAUGGAAAUGUGAUGUUUUUGGUGAGAGCAUUGUAAUGCUGAUUGCUGAGUAAUGGCUUGACACACAGUUAAGGUUUCCAGAGAGAGAUUGCCGGGGAUCUUUACUCCUGAAUCCGAGUUCUUUGUAGUUUUGUUCUCAGCAGAAUGUCGGUAACUCGUCUCUCUGGUUCACUGGCUUGUGAUAUUAAAGUUAAGAGAUGUGAAAGAAGAUCAGUUAAGAACGUGACGAUAAAGUAUUGGUCCAAAACCUCAAGGAAAGUGGGUCAUGAUCAUUGCUUUGUGGUGGGUGAUCCCAGAGGAUUGAGCAGCAUCAAUGUUGCCAGGCGUUGCGGGUUGAUUAGCGAGCAACAAACUUCAGAUUAUGAGUUGAGUGCUUCUAGCGAGAGAAUCUUCGAGCUUGCUGGGACACCUACAACCAGUGAAUCACGCCCACCUAGUGUCCAAACUGAGCUUAUAAUGCUUUCUUUACCGGCAAUUGCAGGACAAGCAAUUGAGCCCUUGGCACAACUGAUGGAAACUGCUUACAUUGGAAGAUUGGGUCCCCUGGAGUUGGCAUCAGCAGGUCUUUCUAUGUCUAUUUUCAACAUCAUAUCGAAGGUUUUCAAUAUUCCUCUCCUCAGUGUUGCAACAUCAUUUGUGGCUGAAGACAUAGCAAGGAAUGGAAGCAAGGGAUCUAAUUCAGGUCUUGAUGGAAUGGAUGAAAGAAAGCUGCUACCCUCUGUCUCUACUGCCUUGCUUUUAGCACUUGGAAUUGGUACCGUCGAGGCUUUGGCAAUGUACUUGGGAUCUGGAGUAUUUCUGAACAUGAUGGGCAUAUCAUCUGCUUCAUCCAUGCGCAUUCCAGCAGAACAAUUUCUUUCACUUAGAGCAAUUGGUGCUCCUGCAGUUGUUGUUUCUCUGGCCAUUCAAGGCAUCUUCCGUGGAUUUAAGGAUACAAAAACCCCUGUAUUAUGUCUAGGAAUUGGAAAUUUGGCAGCCGUAUUCUUAUUUCCUUUACUUAUGUACACUUUUCGCUUGGGUGUAACUGGUGCUGCCAUUUCUACUGUUGUUUCUCAAUACAUUGUCGCCUUUUUGAUGAUCUGGUAUCUUAACAAGAAGACUGUAUUAUCAUUUCCUAGUAUGGAAACUUUGCAUUUUGGUGGCUACCUGAAAUCUGGUGGGUUUCUUCUUGGGAGAACCCUAGCUGCUGUUUUGACUAUAACUUUGAGCACAUCAAUGGCUGCUCGUCUAGGGCCAUUAGCCAUGGCAGCUCAUCAGAUAUGCUUGCAAGUGUGGUUAUCUGUAUCUCUCCUUGCUGAUGCACAAGCAUCAGCUGGUCAGGCUCUUAUUGCAAGUUCUUUUGCUAAAGGUGAUUACGGCACCGUGAAAGAAAUUACUUACUUUGCUUUAAAGACGGGGCUAUUCACCGGCAUUUCCUUAGCUAUCAUAUUGGGCGUAUCUUUUGGUUCUUUAGCUACGCUGUUCACUAAUGAUUCUGAAGUAUUAGGAAUUGUUAGAUCUGGAUUGCUGUUUGUCAGUGCCAGUCAACCUAUCAACGCUCUGGCUUAUAUAUUUGAUGGUCUCCAUUAUGGCAUUUCAGACUUUUCAUAUGCCGCUUACUCUAUGAUGGCUGUGGGGGCAAUUUCUUCUGCAUUUUUGCUCUAUGCUCCCUCUGUAAUUGGUCUUUCGGGAGUUUGGUCUGGAUUAACACUUUUCAUGGGCCUGCGGACAGUGACUGGAUACAUGAGAUUAUUAUCAAAAAAUGGUCCAUGGUGGUUCUUGCAGGAGGACAUCCAAUCCACAAAUUUGAGAUUGCCAAGUGAGAUGAAGACCGUGAGGCCAAACCUGAUAUAGUAGGAGGUAAAUACAAUGGCUGAUGUACAGUUGAUGUUCCGGCACUCAGAUUUACACGUACACUACAUUCUUUUUCUACAUUCAUUUGAUAUGGUUUUAAAAUGUAUGGCUCUGAAACAUAGAUCAUAAGGAUUGAAAUAUUACUUGUUCAAUUUUUAUUUUA